AUCUGACCACCCCGCCCCCCGGGAGCAUGACCACCCCUCCCCCAACCAGCACAAGCACCCCUCACUCCAGCAAUCCGACCACCCUGCCCCCCACUAGCACAACCACACCUCACUCCGGGAAUACGACCACCCCAUCCCCCAGCACCUUCAUAACGACCCCAGCCCCGAUCCAUUUAUUUCUCGCCUUCCACAUCGUGAACUGGAACUUCAACAACUCCCUUCUCAACCCCAGCACCAGUUACUACAAGGAGUUAUAUUCCAAAAUCCAGAUCAUGUACAGCAAGAUCUAUGGCUGCCCAACGUGCCCGAAUGGGCAGAACUACCUGGGAUUGACUGAUCUGCGUUUCAGCCAGGGCUCGGUGGCGACAGAGUCCGUCCUGCUGUACCGAGUGAGCAACACCAGCAUCAGCGCCACCGACAUUGAGCAGCAGCUGACACAAAGACUGGAUGGCAGUAACAGCUUUGAUGGGCUCCAGCUGGACAAUAUCCGCGCCAACUCUGGCAGCUCUCCCCUGGCCCCCUCGGCGCCAGCACCCCUGGUGCCCGGCUGGGGCAUCGCCCUGCUGGUCCUGGUCUGCAUUGGGCUGGUGCUGAGCAUUCUCCUCUUCAUCCUGGUGAUCGUCUGCUCGUGCUGCAGGAGGAGCCGCGGGAAGCUGGAUAUGUUCAGCUCACAGGCCUCGUAUCAGCCCAUGAGCGAGUACCCCACCUACCACACCCAUGGGCGCUUCAGUGCCCCCGGCAAGAAGCAGAACCCCUACAGUGACAUCGCCGCUGGCAACGGCACCAACGCCUUCUACGCCAACCCUGCCACGUCAGAGAAUCUCUAGGGGCGCCACCCCGAGGACCGGCUGGAGCAGAGCUCCCAGCAUCGCCGUGUGCUUCCUGCAGCUGGACUCCAGGGGGCAGGGCAGGGGUUUGCUGCAAUGGGGGGAGGGGGUUGGAUUCACAGUGGGCCAGCGUGGGGAGGGGGUGACCCCCCCCGUGCGACCCCCAGCCCCGUGGGAGGGGGAGCUGCUCCAGCUCUGAUUGGGCCAUGUCGGGUGAGCACUAAUGGGGCAAAUUCCUAAUGGCAGAGGGUAAAGGGGCUGUCCCAUAUAUUACCCCGCCAACCAGCCUGGGCAGUUCAGGGAAUACGACAGGGACUCCCCAGGGGAGUCCCCCCAUACUGCCCCGAGCUGUGUAUGGGCUGUUCCCCCACCCCCGCUGCACCUGUUCCCAGGAGCUGGGAGCGAGCGUCCGAACACAUGAAGGAACUGGAUGCACAAUGCGAGGGAGGAACCCUCCCCUACUCCCCCCAGCUCCAAGCACCUCCUGCCCCCAAUCACUUGCCAAAUGCCGUAUCCUGCCACCAGGCCCCCAGUGUACAGGUUCCGGGGGACAUGUUGGCAUGCACCACUGGCCUGGGGCUGUUUUUGUACCUGUGAUCUGUAACCACGCCAUUCUGUGAUGGUCACCCUGCCGUGACGGGGGAGGAGGGGGUCACAAUGUCCUUGGGAAGGACUGUAUUUAUAGGGAUGCACAAUAAAGGGAUCUAUGAUGA